AUGUCCCGCUAUCAUCACGAGUCACCGAUGGACUUCGAGUUUCAGAACGGCACCGGUCCCCUCGACGGCCGCUCACCCUUCGCUCAGAUCUCUCAGAACCCGCAGCGAUUCCCACCCUCAUCGAAGAAGCGUACCCACAGCGCCUUCGACUCACCGACCAAGUCGCAAAGGAACCAGCUGGCAUCGCCAUCAAAGCCACUACCAGCGCCGCCUGCAUUCAACGCGCUGUACAAUACUCCGCGCAAACCUAGCGCGGACUUCGACGACUCAUCUGCGGGAGAGACACCAAGAUCGCCGGAGCAGAACGACGACAGCGAUGCGACGCCCGAUCAGAACAAGCUGCGAAGUCCGUCGAGAAGGCUAGAAAUGGCCGCUCUACCUGUACUACCAGGUGCCGAGCGGCAUAGCCCUGUCAAGGAGAGGCCAGACAUGGAUCGGCGGGAGAGCUGGCUGGGUACACAAUGGACGAAGGCUAAGAACAAGCUCUACAGCCCCGGCCGCGGUGAGAUCCCGAGGGCAGACCACUACGCAGUAACAGACCGGCGCAUCGAAAAGCGACGCAAACGCGAUGUCACGCGCAAAGAGAGUCGGAAGCGAAGACAUAGCGUGUCCGAAACGGAAGAUGAUCAACGCAUUGCCAGCCCGCGCAAGACCAGCUCGCAAUCCCAACCACUGCCAGAGACACAGCAAGCUCCGCCAAAAGAACACUGGCUCUCCACUUUCUACACCUUCAUCGAACGCCACCCCACCGUCCCGCACAUUCUCUCCUUCUACGCCCAACUCCUCUUCAACAUCUUUCUCCUGCUAUGCUGCGCCUACGCCAUAUACUCCAUCUGGUCUGCGGUGCAAGGCGACAUCGACAAGAAAGCCCACGAAGCCAUGGCCGACAUCAUGGCGGAGAUGGCCGCGUGCGCCGAACAGUACACGGCCAAUCGCUGUGACCGUGCCACACGCGUCCCCGCUAUGGAGACUGUGUGCGAGAACUGGGCAAGGUGCAUGAAUCGCGAUGCGUCGAAGGUCGGAAGAGCGAAGGUGUCCGCACAUACCUUCGCGGAGAUCUUCAACAGCUUCCUUGAGCCAAUCAGCUACAAAGCCAUGUUCUUCACGUUCAUACUGGUGUUUGGGUGUUUUGCAAUUAGCAACUUCGCCUUUGGCUUCUUCCGCAAGACUGAAACUUCCGCCCUGCCGCCGCAGCAUUUCCAGGGCUACUACCAGCCGCCGCCGCCGCCGACUCCGCAGCGCAGCUUUAGUGGACAGGAUGUCGGUGGGUUCUAUGCGGGGACGCCGUGGCAAACGGCUCCUCAGAUGGGGUUCGAGCCACAGCCGAGUGGCGGGUAUGGGCAGAUUGAUGGGCAAGGGAGUCCGGUGCGGAGGCUGGAGUUCAGGUGA